GAGCGGGCGCGCCGGGGCCACAGGGAUGGACGCGCUGGCGGUCCUGAUGCAGGACCUGCUGACCCGGAACCAUGCCCUGCGCAGAGAGAACAACGAGCUCAUGGACCAGGUGCGGCGGCUGCUGUGUGAGAAAGCCAACCUGCUGGCCCAGGUGCGUCCGCCGGCCUGCCCGGUGGCUUUUCCCGAAACCUUUAAAGGCGACUCCGCCCGGCUGGCCGAGUUUUUGAUCCAAGCGGCCUCUUACAUGAGGUUCUUCGAGGGCAGAUUCUCUAACGACACCCUGAAGGUGGCAUUUCUUAUCAGUCGCCUCAGUGGGGCGGCAGAAGAGUGGGUAGCCCCCUACAUCGAGAGGGAGAGCCCCAUCCUGGCACAUUACGAGGGCUUCGUGGACGCGCUGAAGCGGGCCUUUGGCAGAAAUGGAUAGAAAGCAACCGGGCCGGGACCCCUUGUGUCGGGAGGGACGGCUUCGA